GUGUGCGUAUCCGACGGCUGCUUUUCACUGCGCGUAAAGAGCUCCGUCAGACAGUCAGAUCCGGAAAGUAGCGGCUUCAUGUGAUGGAGCGCUGAGGACCCGGAUCACACCUGGAGACACCUGUGCGUCAUCUAACCUGCGCGUGCCGUUCACUUCACGUCUGAGCUUUCCAGAGGGGUCCAGAUGUUAAUCCACACCUACUCGGCCAUGGAGCGCGCGGACGGACUUAGCGGCUCCUCUCCGAGCGGGCGCCUCUCCCAGCUGUCCUCCCUGAACCAGGCCGCCUACUCCUCGGCUCCCCCGCUCUGCCACACUCCGGCCUCCGACUUCCAGCCCCCCUACUUCCCUCCGCCCUACCCGCAGUCCUCCCUGCCGUACUCUCAGAGUCAGGACUCGGCCUACUCCCACCUGUCGGACCCCUACACCUCCAUCAACUCCAUCCAUCAGCACCAGCAGGCGGCAUGGCACUCGCAGCGGUCGCGCUCCGAGGAGGGGGGGCUUCUGUCACAGUCUCACCGGGCGCUAAGCCUGGACCCCCGCCGGGAGUAUCCAGCCGUCCCUCGGCUCCUGCACGGCCUCGGUGAGGGGGCCGCGGCUCUCGGGGAUGGACCUCUCGGGAUGCACCUGGGACAUCACGGCCUCGAGGAUCUUCAGGGAAUGGAGGAAGGAUCAGCCCUGGGCAUCCUGGACCACUCUGUCAUUAAAAAAGUUCCCAUACCCUCCAAGCUGAACGGCUCGUCCCUGUCGGCGCUGUCCAUCGGGAAGGAGGGUCUGGGAAUGGGAGCCGUGUCCAACCCGGCUGAGGUGUUCUGUUCAGUCCCGGGCCGCCUGUCGUUGCUCAGCUCCAACUCCAAGUACAAGGUGACGGUCGGGGAGGUGCAGCGACGCCUCUCCCCACCUGAGUGCCUUAACGCUUCUCUGCUGGGCGGAGUCCUGCGCAGGGCCAAGUCGAAGAAUGGUGGCCGCUGUCUGAGAGAGCGUCUGGAGAAGAUUGGCCUCAACCUGCCCGCCGGGCGACGCAAGGCCGCCAACGUCACUCUGCUGACAUCUCUGGUGGAGGGUGAGGCCGUCCACCUGGCGCGGGACUUCGGUUACGUCUGUGAGACAGAGUUUCCAUCCAGAGCCACGGCCGAGUACCUGUGCAGGCAGAGCGACCCGGACCAGCUGCCGACACGACGCAGCAUGCUGCUGGCCACCAAGGAAAUCUGUAAGGAGUUUGUGGACCUGCUGUCCCAGGAUCGAUCCCCGCUGGGCGGCAGCCGACCCACCCCCUGCCUGGAGCCCGGGGUCCAGGGAAGCCUCACCCACUUCAGCCUGCUCACGCAUGGCUUCGGCGGCCCCGCCAUCUGCGCGGCGCUCUCCGCCUUCCAGAGUUACCUGAUGGAGGCGAUUAAAAUGCUGGACAAAGGCGAGGGUGGAGGGAAGAGCCACCACGACAAGGAGAUGAAGCACCGCAAGUAGAGCUGGAUGGAGGCAGGAGGGAGAGAAAGGACUGACCCACGCCCCUCUGGGUCUUCAACUCUGCCCUCAGGACCAACACUGAGACUUGACCUCCCAGAAACCCCUGAGGCCCCUCCCACUGAGGGGGCGGGGUUUAUAAUAUCUCAGUCACAAGGACGCAUGGACCUCUCUCCUCUGUCAAACAUCUCUUCAGGACCAGGCUUUGAUUUCCUUCCUGUUUUUAUUUACUCGGCCGCCUUCCGUGUGUUUACUUAGCCCACCACGUGCACACACAUGCACACAGUUUGGUCCGAACUCACCUGGGAAGCGUCAGAAGCCAUAUCCGACACCUGCUCCGUGCUCCUCUGGAACGCUGGGAGACCCAGGGGAGCCGCUUGUAGUCCUGAGCAGCAGGUGGUCAUGGGAAACCCAGUUGUGUUUCUCAGCGGGGAGAGGAGACGUGGAGGCAGCUAAAGGAGUUUUUCUUUUUUAAAGUGUUGGAAACUUCAGAAAAUAACACAAAUCAUUUUGUACGUUGUGUCUGUU